UGAGCCAGCUCUCAGCUGUCAGAGAGCGUUCGGUCUGCAGUGGAGACACAAGCAGGAUCUGUCCCUGUUUGCUUUAUCAGCCCUUGCAGCUCUAGUACAAGGCUUUCUGUUUGUACUCGCCUACAAGAACCGCCAGACAAGGAGUUAUAAAGGGGUGAAAUGUCCACUAAAUCUUGGCUUUUUAUUCAGUUCCUCCUCUAUUCUCCUUCCUGUCCUUUGUUUUCGAGCAGCAGAAUCACACACGAAGCAGAUCAUCAUCACAACAGCAGCUUCUGAAGACAUCGUGGGAAUAAUUUGGCAAAAGCCUGCGACCUUAACACGAGAUACCACGACUAGUCCUCUGUGGAUCUGCAGUGCACGAGUGAGUGUGUGUCCCCUGCCAGAUAGGGCCCCUGCCACAUUGUGUGUGCGUGCGUGAGGAGGCUAAUGCCCACAGUAGUGUGGUCAGGGCCAGAGGAGGAUGGGUCCGGCUGUGGAGGCCAUGGAUGCAGAGCAAAAGCAAAAGCAGCAGCAGCAACAGCAACAGAACCAGCACCAACAGUGCUACAUGGAGAAAGGGGUGAUGCUUGAGCCCUUCAUACACCAGGUCGGGGGACAUUGCUGUGUCCUACGCUUCGGGGAGCAGACCAUCUGCAAGCCCCUCAUCCCCCGCGAACAUCAGUUCUACAAGAAUCUGCCUGCUGCAAUUAGGAAGUUUACACCCCAAUAUAGAGGUGUGGUGUCAGUGAGCUUCGAGGAGGAUGAAGAAGGGAACCACUGCAUCAUCGCUUACCCCCUCCAGAGUGACACAGCAGUAGAUCACGAGAACAAGGACCCCUUGGCCGACUGCGAGCCCGAACGCGAGAUGCUCAAGUGGGGGAAAAUGAUUGCAUCCUCGCUGCUUGUGGACGGCGAAAGUUACAGCAAAGAUGGCCGAAGCCGCCACUCUCGUAAAGACAAGGACAAGAGUGUAUGUGGGGAGGAUGUGGGGCUGGAGGCGCUACGGCAGGCCGAGGUGCUCUACUACAGACUGGAGCGCAGUCACAGUAACGCCAUACAGCUCAGACACAACCCCUGGAGCCUCAGGUGCCAACAGCACCACCUGCAGAAGAUGAAGGACAACGCCAAGCACCGCAACCAAUACAAAUUCAUCCUGCUGGAGAACCUGACGUGGCGGCACACCAUGCCAUGUGUGUUGGACCUGAAGAUGGGCACACAGCAGCAUGGAGACGAUGCCUCGGAAGAGAAGAAGGCCGUGAAGAUUCGCAAGUGCCAGCAGAGCACGGCAUCCUCAAUUGGAGUCUGCCUCUCUGGCAUGCAGGUGUACCAGUCUGACACGGGCCAGCUGAUGUUCAUGAGCAAGUUUCACGGCCGCAGGCUGACUCUGCCCGACUUCAAGGAGGCUUUGUUCCAAUUCUUCCACAGUGGACGGCAUCUGCGACGUGAGCUCCUCUCCCCGGUGCUGCACAGGCUCAGAGAAAUGCAAGCUGCCCUGGAAGCCUGCGAAUCCUACCGCUUUUACUCCAGCUCGCUGCUCAUCAUCUACGACGGAGCGCCCCAGAGAAAACACACAUGCCAACACACUGAGGACGGACUCUCUGAAGAAGAAGAAGAAGAAGAAGAAGAAGAAGAAGAGGAGGUAGAGGCUGAACCAGAAAAGGAGGAGGAGGAGGUGGGUGAAGUUGCAGGUGCACUUGGUUUUCCUCAUAGACCGUCCACGUCUAGCGAUGGCACCAGCAGUGGCGGGAGCUCCGGUGUCAGCCAGGCUCGCUUGUCCCGCUCAGACCCCCGCGGCCCUGUGGUGGACGUGAGGAUGAUAGAUUUUGCCCACACCACCUGCAGACAUUACCAGGAGGACCGAGUGGUGCACGAGGGCCUGGACAGCGGCUACAUCUUUGGUCUCCAGAACUUGAUCACCAUCAUCUCCGAGCUGGAGAACCACAGCACAGACUGAAGACUGACGCAACACAUGCACACACAUUCAGACACAGGUGCACAAUAACAAUAACUGACCUUUGGGGAAAAAAGAGGAGGACUGGACUACAGAAACAGGGAGAGAUUUCUCCUCUUCACAGUUAGACCUUGUUGUAGCUGGCCUUUCAUUGGAACCCAUUUCUGCCGUUGGUGCUUCUUGAUGUUCCUGUUCUGUGUGUCCGUCUUGGGGAUGUGAAACAGACCUGCACGCAACAUACGCGAGCCAUCUGUGUGACUGAUGCAGUGAUUUUACCUAUCGUCAUCAUUCUGUUUAAUCCAGUUCACCGUUAGGGCAAAAGGGUAGGCAGCAAAUAAAAGCAGUUUGAAGUCUGAGACAGGAGAAAUGUUUUCAUUGUGUCUGAUUCCAAAGAAAGUGUCAAGCAUUUUGCACACACUAGCAUGCACUUUCAACACAUACAGGGCUAUGUGAGAGAGCAGGGGUUGUAUGUGAAUGAGGACAGAGUCGAUGGGAGGAGAGGUAGUGAGCUCACACCCUCCAUCCUUCUCUUUUGCCAGAUCAUUCUGCCAUCCAUCUUUCCCUGUUCAUCUUCACUCACAGAGACUAUAUUCAUAUGGGUAUCAUAGACAGAGUUAUUUCUUUAUUUGACAUGUUUCAUAAAAUAAAACAAAGUUCAAAUGUUAGAAUGUGAAUGGAGAGUACUACAUUCCAUGUUAUUAAUGUUAUAAUAAUGAUAUGAAUUAAUAUUGUUAUUUGACAGGAUCUCUCUCUUGGAUACCUCUAUCUUGUAUAAAUGUGUUGUGCACAGGGAAAGAUUAAAGACUUGGGUUUGUGCUAA